UAUUUUAAUUUUCUAUUUUAUUAUUUUCCGAGGAAAAUAUUAGGAAUUUUGAAAUUGAAAUUCGGAAAAAAAGGGAAAAAAAGGUUUUUAACAAAAGACACGGAACGAGAUCGUGAACCAGGGAGGCAACACGACGAAGAAGAAGAAGGAUUUAGGGUUUGCAGACUGGGCUACGUUCGUAUCGGUCUUUCGCGCGUGAAUGUUUUUCCUCGUUGAUUUUGCAUCUGCGGUUUUUUUCGUUUGAUUUCGCUUCCUCUCACCUUUAAUAUUGUCAUCAUGGUUGCCACCGCCGCUACAUCAUCCUUCUUUCCUGUACCGUCUCCAUCUGUGGAUCCCAAUGGUAAGGGCAAAAAGCUUGGAUCGGCAAAUUUUUCAGCACUCAAUCCGGAACCGAAUUCUGGAAGCUUGCAGGUCAAGGCUAAUGCCCAGGCUCCACCCAAGAUUAAUGGCCGUAACGUUAGUUUCGCAUCAGCUCCAGAGAAGAGCUUGAAGACCGAAAAUGACACACCUCAGCCCGCUCCCAGGACUUUCAUUAACCAGCUACCUGACUGGAGCAUGCUUCUUGCCGCCAUUACUACGAUUUUCUUGGCGGCAGAGAAACAAUGGAUGAUGCUCGACUGGAAACCGAGGCGCUCCGACAUGGACAUGCUAAUCGACCCCUUUGGGAUAGGGAAAAUCGUCCAGGAUGGCCUUGUGUUUCGUCAGAAUUUCUCCAUUAGGUCGUAUGAAAUUGGUGCUGACCGCACGGCAUCUAUAGAGACCUUGAUGAAUCAUUUGCAGGAGACAGCCCUCAAUCACGUCAAGACUGCUGGGUUGCUGGGAGAUGGAUUUGGCUCGACCCCUGAGAUGUCCAAGAAGAACCUGAUAUGGGUUGUUACUCGUAUGCAGGUUGUUGUAGAUAAAUAUCCGACAUGGGGAGAUGUCGUGCAAGUAGACACCUGGGUCAGUCAAUCUGGAAAGAAUGGUAUGCGCCGUGAUUGGGUAAUUCGUGACUGCAAUACUGGAGAAACAUUAACACGAGCAUCCAGUGUGUGGGUGAUGAUGAAUAAACUGACAAGGAGGUUAUCCAAGCUUCCGGGAGAGGUUCGAGGUGAAAUAGAACCUUAUUUUGUGAAUUCUGACCCUGCUGUUGACGAGGACAGCAGGAAGCUACCGAAACUUGACGAUAAUACAGCAGAUUUUGUUCGAUCUGGUCUAUCUCCAAGAUGGAGUGACUUAGAUGUUAACCAGCACGUUAACAAUGUCAAGUACAUUGGUUGGAUCCUUGAGAGUGCUCCUGUGGCAAUCCUCGAGAGCCACGAGCUGAAGUCGAUGACCCUGGAAUAUCGCCGUGAAUGCGGUCGGGACAGCGUGCUUCAGUCCCUCACCGCUGUCGCGGGAUCCGACAUCGGGAACCUGGCAACCGCGGGCGAUGUGGAAUGCCAGCACUUGCUCCGACUCCAAGACGGGGCUGAGGUUGUCAGAGGAAGAACGGAAUGGAGACCUAAGUAUGCCGAAAGCAGCUUCGGAAACAUCGCUCGGAUCCCGGCAAGCAGCGCAUAAAAGCCGGUCCGAAAAUCGAAAUAACUGCAAGAAACCGGGCUAGUAUCGAUUGCACUUGAAUCGAUCUCAUCUUCUAUUAAUAUCAUGAUCUUCUGUGAAAGUUGAGACCCUUUGUUGGUUUUCAACUUUGUAACUAGCUGUUGUUGCCUACAUACUCUUGGGAUGUGUUUCCGGCGCUAAAGAUUGGGCGACUUUUGUAUAUUUUUCCCCCCUUAAUUUUCUUUCUUUUUUCUUUGUGAGAAUUUA